AAACUUAAAGAACUACUGCUUGUUCUGUUUUAACUUUUGGCUGCUGAUUCUGUCUUAAGAAAAGGGUGAUCUGAAACUUUGCACUUUCGUAUUUUUUAGGGUUUUAUAAGUGUUUAAAUACACUAUCAAAGCUUCUUUUUUUUUUAAUCCGUAUUUUCUUAUUUUUUUGCCGACCACGUAGCUACAGUGCUCAGUAAUGUAAACAUAGACUAGAAUCGCGCGUACAUAAUUUAUAUUCCAACUGUGAAACAAAGAAAAAUAUGGGAAACUCCAAACGUUCAGUUUGAACAUUGUCGUACUACUACUGUCGCUAGUUUAUUCGGGUUUAUUUAAACUAUUUUUAGCUGUAUAGUUGAAUACUAAACCAACACACACAAACGAACGGAAACAUUGUGACUUGAGAUUCUCCUGCCACGCGCGUUAAAAUCCACCGGACUGGAGUCCUUUACCUGGACGUUACCGUGGAGGUGUAUCGAGCAUGGAGACGGAUUCAGUAACCGGUGGCGACGUGGGCUCGGUUCAGGGAGGCAUGAUUUCUUUAGACCCAGUGGUCGAUGGGAUUUUGAUGGACUCGUUUUGCCAGCAGCAGGGAUGGGUGCGGGUCUACGAUGUGAAGGGUCCACCCAGCCACCGCUUCUCCUGUGGCCAGUCGCCGUUCACGGAGCCCUGCAUUUGGGAGAGGAAGUACUGCAUCCUGACCGAUAGCCAGCUCAUCCUGCUCAACAAGGAGGAAGAGAUGCCAUCUGAAGUCCAUGAAAGCCCCACAGCAUCCUCAUCAAAGGGUCGCAGCCUGAGAAGGACAGUCAGUGUGCCCUCUGAAGGACCGUUCCCAGAGUAUCCACCAGAGGGAACCUCAAUGUUAGCGGAAGCGUCUGCGGAGCGCUCUCCUAGGCGGAGGAGCAUAUCGGGGCUGGGCAGCUCGGAGAAGAACAUUCCCAUGGAUGGCCCCAACUCCUCACCCUUCAAAGUGCCUGGAUUUUUAAGUAAGCGACUGAAAGGAUCCAUCAAAAGGACGAAGAGUCAAACAAAGCUGGACCGCAACACAAGUUUUAGACUCCCGUCGCUACGACCAACAGAAAAUGACAGGUCACGGGGCCUGACCAAAUUGAAGGAGUCCUGUUCCCAUGAGUCUCUACUGAGUCCAGGCAGUGCUGUUGAAGCUCUGGAUCUGAGUAUGGAGGAGGACGUCUACAUCAAACCUUUACACAGCAGCAUUCUAGGACAAGACUUCUGCUUUGAGGUGGCAUACUCAGGUGGAAGUAAGUGCUUCAGCUGCUCCUCUGCUGCUGAACGGGACAAAUGGAUGGAGAACCUCAAGAGAACUGUGCAGCCUAAUAAGGACAACUGCCGACGGGCGGAAAACGUCCUCCGUCUGUGGAUCAUCGAGGCCAAAGAUCUGCCACCGAAAAAGAAGUAUUUCUGUGAGCUGUGUCUGGAUGACAUGCUGUACGCCCGCACCACCAGCAAAACCCGCUCUGACUGCCUGUUCUGGGGGGAACACUUUGAGUUCUCCGGUGUGCCGUCCAUUAAGAGCAUCACUGUACACAUCUACCGUGAUGUUGACAAGAAAAAGAAGAAGGACAAAAACAACUAUGUGGGCCUGGUGAACAUACCAGUGCAAGGAGUGAUGGGAAGGCAGUUUGUGGAGAAAUGGUAUCCGGUCAGCACCCCCACCACCAGCAAAUCCAAAGGUGGAGGCCCCUCCAUCCGCAUCAAAUCUCGCUUCCAAACGGUCUCUAUCCUGCCCAUGGAGCAGUACAAGGAGUUUGCGGAGUUUGUGACCAAUAACUAUACCAUGUUGUGCUCUGUGUUGGAGCCCGUCAUCAGUGUGAAGAACAAAGAGGAGAUGGCCAGCGCGCUUGUGCACAUACUGCAGAGCACGGGACGAGCGAAGGACUUCCUAACAGAUCUGGUGAUGUCUGAGGUGGAUCGCUGCGCUGACCAUGACGUGCUGAUCUUUAGGGAGAACACGCUAGCCACCAAAGCCAUUGAAGAAUACCUCAAAUUGGUGGGACAGAAGUACCUACAUGAUGCACUAGGAGAGUUUAUUAAAGCCCUUUAUGAGUCAGAUGAAAAUUGCGAAGUAGACCCAUCGAAGUGCUCCAGCAAUGAGCUUCCAGAGCACCAAAGUAACCUAAAGAUGUGCUGUGAGCUGGCCUUCUGCAAGAUCAUCAACUCUUACUGUGUGUUUCCACGGGAACUGAAGGAAGUGUUUGCAUCAUGGAAGCAGCAGUGUCAUGCUCGAGGGAAGCAGGACAUCAGUCAGCGUCUGAUUAGCGCAUCGCUCUUCCUGCGUUUCUUGUGCCCUGCCAUCAUGUCCCCUUCGCUCUUCAAUCUCAUGCAGGAAUACCCAGACGACCGUACCUCUCGAACACUCACCCUCAUUGCCAAAGUCAUCCAAAAUCUUGCUAACUUUGCCAAAUUCGGAAACAAAGAGGAGUACAUGGCCUUCAUGAAUGACUUCCUAGAGCACGAGUGGGCUGGUAUGACUCGAUUUCUGCUUGAGAUCUCAAAUCUUGAGACCAUCUCCAACACCCCGGGCUUUGAGGGCUACAUCGACCUGGGCCGUGAGCUGUCGGUGCUACACUCGCUACUGUGGGAGGUGGUGUCUCAGCUGGACAAGGCGACGGUGGCCAAACUGGGGCCCCUGCCACGUAUUCUUGGCGAUAUCACCCGCUCGUUGUCCAGCCCCAACCCCAUCCAGCAGCAGCUUAGGCGCUUCCAGGACCAUAGCUCCGCUCAUGACAUCAGUGGAAGUGUGUCCUCAGGACUGCAGAGAAUAUUCGAAGACCCAGCAGACAGUGAAAUGAGGAGCAUCAAAUCUCCUGUCCAGGAGCACAUGGAGGCCUUAGUCCGAGGGAAGCAUCCUUUAUUGGGUCAGCAGUCCUCCACUCACAGCAUGAGCUUCUCUGACAAAGAGGAGCGAGACAGUCCACUCCCGAAUGGACGCAGUAUAUCUCUAAUGGACCUGCAGGACUCUUACUUGGCACAGGGGCAUCCGGGUCCUAACUCUCUCAAUGAAGCCCCACCUAGAUUAGGCCGAGUGGGCUCUCAGGCCUCCAUCGGCCCUGUCCCCCCUCCACACCUCCACCAGCCUCCCGUCCAUCCGAAAGUUCCCCAGCUAAGGGACAACUUGCCUCAGAGUGCCCCACAGGUGCGGCGCCCUAUACACCCCUCCCUCAGCCAGCAGCGCAGCCUGCAACCGCUGUCUUUCCAAAACCCUGUUUACCACCUCAGUAACCUGCACGCACAAUCCACGCACUCAACCCAGUCCACGCACUCCGCCCAGUCCCUGCAGCCAGACUCCAGCUCAGAGAACCUGAGCACAGGCAGCUCUCGGAGCGCCAGUCCAAGUGCGUCAGGUGGCCGGGGAGCUACUCCCAGAGCACGGAUGCCUUCCACCAGCAGUGUGGAGGAAGAACUCACCCGCAAAAGCAUCCAGGGCCAGGAGACGCCUCCUCCCUCGGCACGCUGGCACCCUCCCCUUGCAGACCAGCACUCGGGAGCCCAGGUUGUGGUGGUACCGAGGCAGAGCAGCACAGGUACGGCGCAUAUCGUGAAGGUGGAGCAACAGAGUCGAGGAGUGGGGCUGGCGGCAGGAAACGCAGGGCUGCGAAUCCCGAGGUCGCUCCCUCACAGCACUUCCCUGCGUAGCAGCAGCAGCGUCAACACUGAACCCAUGCAGCAGAGCGGCGAGAGAUCCAGACAGCAGUCCACAUGUUCCAAAGACAGUUCGGUUCCAGGAGGACGAGGCACCAAACAGGUACAGUCACCUGUAGAGUCAGUCACCAUGUCCCCAGUGGAGCGAACGGCAGCAUGGGUCCUGAAUAACGGCCAGUAUGAAGAUGAGGAAGAGGAAGGACUGAGCAAAGAUGAUGCCAAACAUGUAGAGAAGUACGAACAGGAAAUCUCGAAGCUGAAGGAGCGUCUGCGGGCGUCUAGUCGGCGACUGGAGGAAUAUGAGAGGCGGCUGCUGGCACAGGAACAGCAGAUGCAGAAACUGCUCUUGGAAUACAAGGCUCGAUUGGAGGACAGCGAAGACCGUCUGCGCAGACAACAGGAGGAGAAAGACAGCCAGAUGAAGAGUAUUAUCUGCAGGCUGAUGGCCGUGGAGGAAGAACUGAAGAGAGACCAUGCAGAGAUGCAGGCGGUCAUAGAUGCCAAACAGAAGAUAAUCGAUGCACAGGAGAAGAGGAUCAGCUCCCUAGAUGCAGCUAACUCUCGGCUGAUGAGUGCCCUCACUCAGGUGAAAGAGCGAUACAGCAUGCACAACCUCCGCAACGGCCUGUCGCCCACCAACCCCACCAAGCUCUCCAUCACUGAAGGUUAUGACUGA